AUUGUUUCCCUCCACUCUGAAGCCAUACCACCUGCCUCAACCAUGGGCGACGCUCUGAUGGCCGAGUUUGGAAAGGCUGCUCCGUACCUGAGGAAGUCUGAGAAAGAACGUUUGGAGGCUCAGACCAGAGCCUUUGACAUCAAGACUGAAUGUUUUGUAGUUGACGACAAAGAAGAAUAUGUGAAGGGACAAAUCCAGAACAAAGAUGGAGGAACGGUGACUGUAAAAAAGGAGGAUGGAACCACAGUAGCCGUGAAGGAGUCAGACGUUCAUCCCCAGAAUCCUCCCAAAUUUGAUAAGAUUGAGGACAUGGCAAUGUUCACGUUCCUCCAUGAGCCUGCUGUGCUGUUUAACCUCAAAGAGCGUUAUGCUGCCUGGAUGAUCUACACCUACUCCGGGCUCUUCUGUGUCACUGUCAACCCCUACAAAUGGCUUCCUGUCUAUGAUGCUGAUGUGGUGGCAGCCUACAGGGGGAAGAAGAGGAGUGAGGCGCCCCCUCACAUCUUCUCUAUCUCUGAUAACGCCUAUCAGUACAUGUUGACUGACAGGGAGAACCAGUCUGUGCUCAUCACCGGAGAAUCUGGAGCAGGAAAGACGGUGAACACAAAAAGAGUCAUUCAGUACUUUGCCAGCAUUGCUGCAGUUGGUGGAGGAGGUAAGAAAGACACCAGCAAGGGGACCUUGGAGGAUCAGAUCAUACAGGCAAAUCCUGCUCUCGAAGCCUUCGGCAAUGCCAAAACACUGAGGAAUGACAACUCGUCCCGUUUUGGAAAAUUCAUCCGAAUCCAUUUCGGUACAAGUGGCAAGUUGUCGUCUGCUGACAUUGAAACAUACCUACUGGAGAAGUCACGCGUGACUUUUCAGCUAAAGGCUGAAAGGAACUAUCACAUCUUCUACCAGAUUCUGUCCAAUCAGAAGCCGGAACUGCUGGAUAUGCUGCUGAUCACCAACAACCCAUAUGACUACUCCUACAUCUCCCAGGGAGAGGUAACAGUUGCCUCCAUCAACGACUCAGAGGAGCUGAUGGCCACAGACAGUGCCUUCGAUGUGCUGGGUUUCACCCCAGAGGAAAAGAUGGGUGUCUAUAAACUAAUUGGUGCCAUCAUGCACUAUGGCAACAUGAAGUUUAAGCAGAAGCAGCGCGAGGAGCAGGCGGAACCAGAUGGCACCGAGGCUGCUGAUAAAUCAGCAUACCUGAUGGGGCUGAACUCUGCUGACCUCAUCAAAGGCCUGUGCCAUCCGAGAGUCAAGGUAGGAAACGAAUAUGUGACCAAAGGCCAGAGUGUGGACCAGGUCUACUAUGCCAUCGGUGCUUUGGCCAAAUCAGUGUAUGAAAAGAUGUUCAACUGGAUGGUGGUGAGAAUCAACCACUCUCUGGACACAAAACAGCACAGGCAGUAUUUCAUAGGAGUCCUUGACAUUGCAGGAUUUGAGAUCUUUGAUUUCAACACCUUUGAGCAGCUCUGUAUCAACUACACCAAUGAAAAACUGCAACAGUUUUUCAACCAUCAUAUGUUUGUUUUAGAGCAAGAAGAGUACAAAAAAGAAGGCAUUGAGUGGGAGUUCAUUGACUUUGGAAUGGACCUGCAGGCUUGCAUUGACCUCAUUGAGAAACCACUUGGGAUUUUGUCCAUUCUGGAGGAAGAAUGCAUGUUUCCCAAAGCCAGUGACCAGACCUUCAAGUCCAAGCUCUACGACAAUCAUCUGGGUAAGAACAAGAUGUUUGAGAAGCCAAGAGCAGCAAAAGGAAAAUCAGAGGCUCAUUUUGCCCUGGUACACUAUGCUGGGACUGUAGACUACAACAUCAGCGGCUGGCUGGUCAAAAACAAAGACCCACUAAAUGAAACGGUCGUGGGUCUCUACCAAAAAUCCUCCCUGAAGCUUCUCAGUCUGCUGUUUUCGAGUUACUCUGGAGCUGACUCUGGUGACAAGGGUGCUGGCAAAGGAGGGAAGAAGAAGGGUUCCUCGUUCCAGACAGUGUCUGCUCUACACAGGGAAAACCUGAACAAGCUGAUGACUAAUCUGAAGACGACACAUCCCCACUUCGUCCGCUGUCUCAUUCCUAAUGAAAGAAAAACUCCAGGAAUAAUGGACAACUGCCUUGUGAUGCAUCAACUGCGCUGUAACGGUGUCCUGGAAGGCAUUCGGAUCUGCAGGAAGGGCUUUCCCAACCGGGUGCUCUAUGGGGACUUCAAGCAACGCUACAGGAUUCUAAAUGCCUCUGCAAUUCCCGAGGGCCAGUUCAUAGACUGUAAAAAAACUGCAGAGAAGUUACUAGGAUCACUGGACAUUGACCACACCCAGUACAGGUUUGGCCACACAAAAGUGUUUUUUAAAGCUGGCCUACUGGGAACACUUGAAGAAAUGCGAGAUGAGCAGCUGUCUCGCAUCAUCACCAGAAUCCAGGCUAAUGCGCGGGCUCUGCUCAUGAGGGAGCAAUUUGCUAAGCUAGUGGAACGCAGAGAUGCACUGAUGGUUAUCCAGUGGAAUCUUCGCUCAUUCCUUGGUGUCAAAAAUUGGCCUUGGAUGAAGCUCUUCUUUAAGAUUAAACCCCUGUUGAAGAGUGCGGAGUCAGAGAAGGAGAUGGCCAACAUGAAGGAUGAGUUCAACAAGCUAAAGGAGACUCUGGAGAAAUCAGAAGCAAGACGGAAGGAGCUAGAGGAGAAAAUUGUGACUCUUCUUCAAGAGAAGAAUGACCUGACUCUGCAGGUUCAGUCUGAGCAGGACACUCUAAUGGAUGCUGAAGAACGUUGUGAACAGCUCAUAAAGAGCAAGAUUCAACUGGAGGCCAAGCUCAAAGAGAUGACAGAGCGACUAGAGGACGAAGAGGAAUUAAAUGCCGAUCUCACAGCUAAGAAACGCAAGCUCGAAGAUGAAUGCUCCGAACUGAAGAAGGACAUUGAUGACCUGGAACUGACUUUAGCCAAAGUGGAAAAAGAGAAACAUGCCACAGAGAACAAAGUGAAAAACCUGGUGGAGGAAAUGGCUUCUCAGGAAGAGAACAUCAUGAAGCUGACCAAGGAGAAGAAGGCCCUGCAGGAGGCUCACCAGCAGACACUGGAUGACCUUCAGAGCGAAGAGGACAAAGCCAACAGCUUAACCAAAGCUAAAGCUAAGCUUGAGCAACAGGUGGAUGACCUGGAGGGUUCACUGGAGCAGGAGAAAAAAGUCAGAAUGGACCUGGAGCGUUCAAAGAGAAAGCUUGAAGGAGACCUGAAACUAAUCCAGGAGACAGUGAUGGACUUGGAAAAUGACAAGCAGCAGUUGGAGGAAAAGCUCAAGAAAAAAGACUUUGAGACAGUGCAAAUAAGUUCACGACUAGAAGAUGAGCAGGUGGCCUCAGUUCACCUGCAGAAGAAACUGAAAGAGAACCAGGCCAGAAUCGAGGAGCUGGAAGAAGAGCUGGAUGCUGAGCGUGCAGCCCGGGCCAAAGUGGAGAAGCAGCGCUGUGACCUUUCCCGUGAGCUGGAAGACAUCAGUGAACGUCUGGAGGAAGCAGGUGGUGCCACUUCAGCUCAGGUGGAGCUUAAUAAGAAGAGAGAUGCUGAAUUCCAAAAGCUGCGUCGAGAGCUGGAGGAAUCCACCCUUCAACAUGAAGCCACGGCUGCCACCCUGAGGAAGAAACACGCCGACAGUGUCGCUGAGCUAGGUGAACAGAUUGACAAUUUGCAGCGGGUGAAGCAAAAACUGGAGAAAGAAAAGAAUGAGCUGAAACUGGAGCUGGAUGACUUAUGUUCAAACAUGGAGAGCUUGGUGAAGUCCAAGUCAAACAUUGAGAAAAUGUGCCGAACCAUGGAAGACAACAUGAACGAGUACAAGUCCAAGUAUGAGGAGGCCCAAAGAACAGUAACCGACCUGAGCACCCAGAGAGCAAAGCUCCUAACCGAGAACGGUGAGCUGGGACGGCAGGUCGAGGAAAAGGAGUGUCUAAUAUCACAGCUGACCAGAGGGAAGAACUCCACCAACCAACAGGUAGACGAUCUACGCAGACAGCUAGAGGAAGAAGUCAAGGCCAAGAACGCGCUCGCCCACGCUCUGCAGUCGGCUCGUCACGACUGUGAUCUGCUACGAGAACAGUUCGAAGAAGAGCAGGAAGCCAAAGCGGAGCUUCAGAGAGCUCUGUCCAAAUCCAAUACUGAGGUCUCUGCCUGGAGGACAAAGUAUGAGACUGAUGGAAUUCAGAGAACAGAGGAGUUGGAGGAAGCAAAAAAGAAGUUGGUUCAGAGACUGCAGGAAGCAGAGGAGGCUAUAGAGGCUGUGAACGCGAAGUGUUCAUCCCUGGAAAAGACCAAGCACCGCCUCCAAAAUGAGAUUGAAGACCUGAUGCUGGACCUUGAGAGAUCCAAUGCAGCUUCUGCAGCACUAGACAAGAAGCAAAGAGCCUUUGACAAAGUUUUGGCAGAGUGGAAGCAAAAGUUUGAGGAGUCACAAUGUGAGCUGGAGGCCUCUCAGAAGGAGGCUCGCUGCCAGAGCACUGAGCUCUUCAAACUGAGGAACGCCUACGAGGAGUGUCUGGACCACCUGGAGACCAUGAAGCGAGAAAACAAGAACCUACAGGAGGAAAUUUCAGACCUUACAGACCAGCUGGGAGAGGGGGGGAGAAGUGCGCAUGAAUUGGAGAAGAUACGAAAGCAACUUGAGCAGGAAAAGGCUGAGCUCCAGUCAGCACUGGAGGAAGCAGAAGGUUCACUGGAGCAUGAGGAGAGCAAGGUCCUCCGUGCUCAAUUGGAGUUUAACCAGGUCAAGGCAGAUCUGGAGCGGAAACUGGCAGAGAAGGAUGAGGACAUGGAGCAAGCCAAGAAGAACAACCAGCGGAUGCUGGAUUCUCUCCAAUCCUCCCUGGAAUCUGAGGUCAGGAGCCGAAACGAGACCCUGAGGGUGAAGAAGAAGAUGGAAGGAGAUCUAAAUGAGAUGGAGAUCCAGCUGAGCCAAGCUAACAGGCAAGCGGCCGAUGCCCAGAAACAGCUGAAGAGCCUUCAGGCGUUCAUGAAGGACACUCAACUGCAGCUGGACGAUGCUCUGCACGGAAAUGAAGACCUAAGAGAAAACAUCACUCUGCUAGAACGACGAAAUAACCUAAUCCAGGCCGAGCUGGAGGAACUUAGGGCUGCGCUCGAACAGACAGAACGAAGUCGGAAACUGGCCGAGCAGGAGCUAAGUGAUGCGACAGAGCGAAUCCAGCUCCUGCACUCACAGAACACAAGCCUGAUCAACCAAAAGAAGAAGCACGAGAGUGAUGUCCUUCAUCUCCAAAACGAGCUGGAGGAGGCCAUCCAGGAGAACCGAAAUGCUGAGGAGAAGGCAAAGAAGGCCAUCACAGAUGCAGCCAUGAUGGCAGAGGAGCUGAAGAAGGAGCAAGACACCAGCGCCCACCUGGAGCGCAUGAAGAAGAAUAUGGAACAGACCAUCAAAGACCUGCAGCAUCGUCUGGACGAGGCUGAGCAGGUGGCCAUGAAGGGAGGCAAGAAACAGCUCCAGAAGCUGGAGUCUCGCAUCAGAGAGCUGGACAAUGAGUUGGAGGCAGAGCAGAAGAGGGGGGCAGAAUCCAUCAAGGGAGUUCGCAAGUACGAACGGCGCAUUAAGGAGCUCACCUACCAGACCGAGGAAGACCGCAAGAAUCUGUCUCGACUCCAGGACCUGGUGGACAAACUGCAGAUCAAAGUCAAGUCCUACAAACAUGCAGCAGAGGAGGCGGAGGAGGCAGCAAACAACCACUUGUCGAAGCUCCGCAAACUGCAGCACGAGCUGGAAGAGGCAGAGGAGAGGGCCGACAUCGCCGAGUCACAGGUGAACAAGCUGAAGGCCAAGACGAGGGAGGGAACCUCCAAGAAGGGCCUAGACGAGUGAGCUGGCAGCAGGUGCUCGUGGUUCUGGAUAUGAUGUGGACCCAAACCCAACCACAUUGUCCUCAGAGGAGACACGAGCCAUUACUGGACUAUGUCCCAAGACGUUCAUGUUUAAUUUUAUCGAACAUUUACACUUAUGUCCUAUUUAAAUCAUCUGUUGUGCUUUCACCUCAAACUAUAAAUGAUUUUGUUUAACUGCUUCAGGCUGAAUCAAGAUGUUCUGUAAUGAGGGGAGACAGUAUCCCACUUUCAGUCACGUCUUCAGGUUCCAGCUGAUACCAGAAAAUAUCAAUCAAUAUGAAAACUGACACUAACAUUAUUAUACGAGAUGAUGUGUUGUCAUUAAUGAGCAGAGAAAUAAAACUGUGGCUGAUCA